AUGUGGGUGGAAACUGGAAUCAAUUACAUGCAAGGGUUGAGGCAGCUUGCCUUGGUUUUGGAGCCCUCGCUGUCGGCCUGGCGCGCGCAGCACAGCGCUGAGGAGCAGUCUGUGGUGCCUGCUGCGGUUUGUUUGCGAGAAGGUGCCAGCUCUGCCCAGACGGACAGCGCGGGACCUGACCUUGCUCUGCGGCUGGGCUCCUUGCUGCCCGCCUGUUGUCUUCAGCAGUGCCAAGGGAUACCAAAGAGCUGCAGCAGGGACAGCAUUUGCCCAAGGGACGGCAAAACAGACGCAAAACAUGAGGAAGAUCCUUCGCUACAGCAGUCAGAACGUGCUUUGAAGAUAAAGAGCAAGAACGUGCAGUUUAUGAAUUUAAGAAGCACAGGAACUCUGAACAACAAAAGCUGUUUAGAUGAGACCACUUAUGAAAAACUGGCUGAAGAAACACUGGACUCCUUAGCAGAUUUCUUUGAGGAUCUCACAGAUAAGCCUUUUACCCCAGAAGAUUAUGAUGUAUCUUUAGGGAGUGGAGUUUUAACAGUUAAACUGGGUGGAGACAUGGGAACAUAUGUAAUCAAUAAGCAAACACCAAACCGACAGAUUUGGCUCUCCUCACCCACUAGUGGGCCCAAGCGCUACGACUGGACUGGACGGAGCUGGGUGUAUUCCCACGACAGCGUCUCCCUUCAUGAGCUUCUAUCAAAAGAACUUUCCACAGCGUUAAAAACAAAACUAGAUUUGUCCUGCUUAAUAUAUUCUGGGAAAGAAGAUACUUGAUGAUCAUUUUCUACCUCAAGGAAAUUGAAAGACUUUAACCAGGAGCCCUUGCUAGGUUUCCGAAGUACCUAAGCUUAAUUCUGUUGUUUUUCUUUGCAUCACUGUGUUGUGUAACAACAUGAAAAAUAAUAUAUUUUUCUUUAGCGAUCAGUGUUUGGGUUUCUGUGUCUCUGCCUCAAUU